CACCACGAUGGCCGAGAAGGGGGCCUCGCGGGGGACCCUGCGUCGGCUCUGGUCGCUGCCCCGGAGGCGCCGGGGGACCACGGGCUGCUCGAAGCCAGAUGAAAUCAUGCACCAGGACAUCGUCCCGCUCUGCGCUGCUGACAUCCAGGACCAGCUGAGGAAGCGCUUCGCGUACCUGUCAGGUGGGCGGGGCCAGGACGGGAGCCCGGUCAUCACCUUCCCCGACUACCCGGCCUUCAGCGAGAUCCCGGACGAGGAGUUCCAGAGUGUCAUGACCUACCUCACCAGCAUCCCCAGGGGUUUCUGCGUCGUCGAGAGCCCCGGGACUGCGGGAGGGGCUGCUGUCUCUGUGGGGCGUCACCAUUGUCGAGGUCCCCAGGACUGCGGGGCGGGCUGGAGCUCUGUCAGGCUCCUGGCCCAGCUGAGCGAGACGGAGGCGGCCUUUGACGAGUUUUGGGCAAAGCACCAGCAGAAGCUCGAGCAGUGCCUGCAGCUGCGGCAUUUUGAGCAGGGCUUCCGGGAG